AUGCCUUCCACUCCCCCUCCGCCAACGCGCAUUAGAACUCCGCCUGCACCAUUACAUGGCGACAAUUAUGAGCCAUAUUCACCACGCCGUUCCACACGACGCACUGCGCAAAGCAAUCCAUACAGCUCCUUCAACACCGAUCGCUCUCCACGAACAAACGGACUCCGGCAUACCACCCCACCACCAACCGUGAAGAAAACGAGAUUCGCGCGACACAACACCCAACUCUCUUCACCACCUUCAUCGUCCGCUUCACCUGCCCAAACACGGCUAGCGGGGCACAACAAUCACAAGACCCCUAAGAAGCUAUUGUCUGGCAGAGCCUCACACGGAGCGAAUAACUCCGACUCUGACCACGCCGGACCUUCUUCCUCACUUGCACCUCACACUCUCGACCCCGUGACAAUGCUUCCCACACCAUCAAGAACGCCUCGCAAGCGCAACAUCACCGCCAUGAACUCGUCGGCACGCAUACUCAACUUUGAACCACAAGAUCCGAACGAUGUCAUGCCUGCUUCGCGCAAAAUCAAGAAGCACGGUCGCUUCAACUCAAUGAACGCGUUUGAUUUGUUCGACGAGGAUCGUCCGCAGCGCAGUUCCGCGAUUGCAAUCUUCACAGACACAAAUGCACGUGUGCCGGAGCUGGACGAGACUGAAGAUAAUCCUUUUGUUGGACCCAAAUCAAUCACCACUCGACCCCAACGCAGCAGCAGAAGAGCCAGAACCGCAGAAGUCGACGCAAUGGAGGAGGCAGCGCGUAAUGAUGAGGGUGUGAUCUAUGUCUUCCGUGGCAAGAAGAUGUUCCGACGCUUCUCAGACCCCGAGACCGACCGCUCAUCUUCACCUGCAACCGAUCUGGGUGAAGCAUCUGAGCAGCGCACUCUUCGACGUCAGGCUGGCGCUGCCGCCCAGAGACCAUUGACCCGGAGCUCGAUCAAGCCGCGUCUGCUCUUUCCGAACGAAGAUGAGAUUCGUGCGCGCGAGCAAUCCGCUGAUGAAGUCGACGAGGAAGCAAUGACCGAUAUCGAAAUGAGCGACUCACACGACCAUGUACAAAACAGACCUGUGGGGCAGACCCCGACGCGAGGCCGCUUCGGUGGCAAACCCGCUACGCCACCGACUACUGGACGUGCGACCCGUUUAUCGAAUAUGAAGGGUUCACCUACCAUUCCGACCCCGAUUCUGGAGGAAGACGAGCCCGAGCCGAUGUCUGUGGGCACGGAUGAUUCUUUUGGUGGUAGUGCUGGGCCGAGAAAGGGUAGGAAGAGUCCCUUUGAUUCUUGGCAGAGGACGAAGGCGGGUGGGCGGAAACGGGCUGGUGAGCCCAGUGAGGAGGCGGUCAUUGGGAAGAGGACGAGGAGUGCGGCUAUUGGGAGCCCAGCUUGA